AUGCGAGCACCUGCUAUUGACAUUCAUCCGAAUGCAGAAUGGGCACAGAAUGGUGUAACUGUAGUUGGAGGAAAUGGACAAGGCGGUGGAAUCAAUCAACUCUCUUUCCCAUUCGGUUUGUAUGUUCAUGAUGAUGACACGAUGUACGUCACUGAUCAGUUUAAUUACCGUAUUGUGGAAUGGAAAUGUGGUGCAACGAGUGGCCAAGUAGUUGCCGGUGGUAAUGGACAAGGAAAUGGAACACAUCAGUUAUUCUACCCAAACGAUGUGAUUUUCGACGAAGAGGGAGAUAGUCUCAUAAUUUGCGAUAUCCGAAAUCAAAGAGUAGUUCGAUGGCCUCGUCGAAAUGGCACUAAUGGAGAAAUAAUCAUCUCGAACAUCACUUGCGGCGGUCUGACAAUGGAUGAAAAUAGAUCUUUCUACGUCGUUGAUAAUGCAAAGAAUGAAGUGAGACGAUAUAGAAUUGGUGAUACUGAAGGAACAGUGGUUGCAGGUGGCAAUGGAUUUGGUAAUCGUCCCGAUCAACUCUGGGGUCCUCAAAACGUAUUUGUCGAUCGAGAUCAUUCAGUGUACGUGUCUGAUCAUGAAAACGAUCGCGUGACGAAAUGGAAAGAAGGUGCAAAACAAGUCCUUGUCGUAGCUGGUGGUCAAGGAAGAGGAAAUAAUCUUACACAAUUGUCAUGGCCGCAAGGAGUCGUGGUCGAUAAAUUGGGCACUGUCUAUGUGACUGAUUUUUCUAAUCAUCGAAUAAUGCGUUGGCCAAAAGGAGCCUCACAGGGAAGUAUCAUCGCUGGUGGAAACGGUUUGGGAGGACAGUCCAAUCAAUUCAACCGUCCCGCUGGUUUAUCAUUUGAUCGACACGGCAAUCUCUAUGUCGCCGAUCAGUGGAAUCAUCGAAUACAAAAAUUCAAUAUCGAAUCGAACAGACAAUAA